UUCUCGGAAUUAAAAUCGUUUUCGGCAAUAGUGUAAAAUUAUUCAGUAGGUACAAAUGCAAAAAUUCAGCUCCACCUGAAAGAAUACGUUUACUUCGUGCAUAUAUCUCUGUUCAGCGAUCAAAAAGCUAUUAGUUGCACAAAACAAUCGACAUGGCCCAUCGCAUUAUGGCUAGCGCUAAAGGGUUGCGCCCUCUCAUGGCACCCAUAACAAGGCUGGGUCCGCAGGCCACUAUUCAAAUUCGUCACGGCUGCAUACUUUGUAAGCCUCCUGUUCCUUGGCUGCAGAAGCCCAGUUUGGUAUUUUCAAAGGAAGCAGUUACACAUCAUUGGGGGGCACUUCCCAUAAUUAUAUUCACAAUUACUGGCUUCACUUUGGAGUGUCUUUAUAUAUUACGUCAGAGCCUAACACGCGAUGAUGUAUAUUAUACCAAAAAUCCUCCUCCAUGUGAAAUUGUUGAGACACGGAAGGGGUAUCCGCCUCCCAUACGUAAGAUGUUGACGUUUAAUCAAAAGUACACAAACCCACCAGGACUAAUAGAGGCUAUUCAAGGUGAUGCGUCUGGUCCAGCACCUGCUGAUGACGAUAAAAAGCCGUCCGCUAGAACCGCUGGUGCAGGGUCCAGUUCAAAGCCCGGUGGCAAGGCCAACGGCAAGAUGGUUGCCGCUCAUGCCGCCUUGUCGGCGGUUGCUCUGUGUGUGGCCCUACUUGCUUGAACAAAGCACCUUCGGCACGCAUUUCGAAUUGCAUUUGAGAAUACUGAAUCAAGAUUUAAAUAUUAUUUGCUUUUGGAGAGUAUCCCGAGUGUUUGUGGCGCAUAUAUGGCAUUUCCAAUUGGACUGAGAAAUGUCAUAUAUUGCCCCUAUAAUGUUUAGCUUGGAGGUCGUGUGCGAAUUAAUACGCCGACGUCAUUGUAGAGUCAAUAUGGACAUUUAUGUUUUUGUCCAUUUUUUAGACGGCAAGAAGAAGAAAAAGUAAGAAGCAAACAGUCCCGGCCGGAGUUAUUGGAAUUCGCAAAAAGGAUGCGCGCACAAACGAAUUUUCGUUUCACAAUUGGCCUGCUCGGAAUGUAUACGAUAAGCACGCGAAUGCGAUAAAUUGGAAUGAAACUCAUUUGGAAGCAAACACAUAAUUAUUUGAAUACGAUUUGAAAUAAAGUUAAAUUAAAAGUAUUA